AUGGCGGGUCUCCAGAUUUGGCGCCAUGUGCCGGGCAAGGUCCUCUUGUUCUUAAUUAACCUCGUCGCGGCGACGGCUCUAAUUUUCGAAGGAUACAAUCAGGGUGUCCUUGGAACUGUUAGCGCCACGCCCGGCUUCAUCAAGAUGGCCGAUAUUGGCCACGAUGGGGUCGUAACCAACACGACCAAACAAGGCGGGCUUGCCGCAGCGUAUUAUUUCGGAGGCAUGUGGGGGUGCUUCAUAGGCGGAUGGGUUGGCGAUAGGAUAGGCCGCAGAGGGGGCGUCCUCAUUGGAACGGCCUUUGGGAUCCUCGGCGCAGCCCUCAUGGCCGGCAGCACAAACGCCAGCAUGUUCAUCUGCGCGCGUGUCAUUGCAGGCAUCGGCAUCGGCUUCAUGAAUGCCAUUAUCCUGCCGUGGGUCAGCGAGCUGUCCCAGUCGCACGACCGAGGGUCCAGCUUCUCGCUCGUCUUCGUGGCAAACUACCUGGGCAUUGUCAUUGCGUACUGGAUCAAUUUCGGCAUCCGCAACUCCAACCUCGAAUUCCGCUGGAGGUUCCCUCUAGGCUGGAUGAUAAUCCCGCUUCUGGUAGUCGACGUGGCAGUGCCGUUGCUACCUGAGUCUCCCAGAUGGCUCAUUGCCAAUGGCCAACGCGAGCAGGCCAUCGACAUCCUGUGCCGGCUCCGAGGAGACCUCAGCCCAAACGACCCUAUAAUAACCGCCGAGGUCGAGCAGCUGGACGCCAUCGUUGAAGCAACCCACCACAAGCGCAACGAUCUCGGCAACAUCGUCCUCGGCGGCCGCUUCUCUGGCAAGCUGCACCUUGGUCGACGAGCUGUCCUCGGCUUCGCCCUGCAAUGGAUCCAGCAAUGGACGGGGAUCCUCGCCAUUGUGGGAUGGGCCAGUGUCCUCUUUGAGCUGGCAGGAUUCGACGCCUAUAAAGCUCUUUGGCUCGCGGGCCUGGCCAACACCUUUGGCGUGCCAGGAACCGCUGCCGCAGCCUUUGUCAUUGACAGAAUGGGGCGAGUAAAGUCGCUCGUCACCUCGUUUGCCAUCCAGGCAGUGUGCCUGUUCUUGGUCGCCGCCCUGAUCAAGACGUCGCAAGACCAUGCCGCGGCUGACCCAGAACUGUCGCAGCGGCUGGGCACUGCGGCAGCCAGUUUCGUCUUCAUUUAUGUCUGGUUCUUUACUAUGUUCAAUAUCAUCCCUUGUUGGAUAUAUGGCACAGAGAUCUGGCCGCAGGAAGUCCGCGCCAAAGGAUACAGCUUCACCAUCUUUGGUUGGGCCACAGGCUGUGGCUCAACCACUCUGAUCAUGCCCAUCUUUCUAAGCAGAAUUGGAUACGGCACAUAUCUCUUCUUUGGGGCGAUGAACGUUGUUGUGACCCCAAUAGUCUGGCUCAUCUUCCCCGAGCUUGCCAAUCGCACUCUGGAGGAGAUUUCGCUCCUCUUCACGAGCGACAGCUUGCUGGCCAGCGAGAACAUGAAGGAAUACCAUCGUCGCAUUGGCGAAGCGGGGGGCAACACUGCCGUUGCAGCCAGACAGCUCCUGGAUGAAGUCGACGGCAAGGACCCGGCAGACUCUGUGGAGGCUGCAAGCCCCGAUGAGAAGAGAGUUGACGUUAAUCAAAACGCUAUUAUGUAAAUUCCGUUGACAGCAGAGAGUUUGCGCUUUUUGGGACAUACAGUAUUUUAAUCAAACGCCAUAUUUCGCUUCAUGUUCAGAAGAAUCAUAAAAUGGAAAGAGAAAAAAAAUAUAAAAACAAGAAGUUAAGUUUCAAGUCCACACAGGACCAAAGUCGAAAUUCCACGUCAGAUCGCCUAACAAAUCAGGGGGUACUUGGAACGACCAGUCCGCUGCCAUUUCCGAGUUGACAUGCUGCUCGUAGGGUGGUGGAGGAGCACCUCUGGCGCCAUCGACAGGCGGCAACAUCGGCUGCGCUGUGGCAUUCACCGGAGUUUCCUCGAGAGGCGGCCUCUGGUGUUGUCGCUGAGUGGACAUGUACUCGUCGAUACGAGACACUUGAGAUCGAAGGUUCUCGCUAGCACAUGAGCUACGGUGUAUUGUCUCGAGGUUCUCGAGAAGUCGGGCCAUUGCCAGCAUGACCGACCUCACCUGGGUGUACUCUGCCUCGC